AUGUCUCCAGUAGCUACAGCAUCGCCAGUAGCUACAGCAUCUCCAGGAGCUACAAGACCUCCUGCAACUACAGCAUCUCCAGUAGAUGCAGCAUGUCAAGGAGCUGCAAGACCUCCAGUAGCUACAGCAUCUCCUGAAGCUACAACAUCUCCAGGAGCUGCACGACCUUCAGUGGCUACAGCAUCUCCAGGAGCUGCAAGACCUCCAAUAACUACAGCAUCUCCUGUAGCUACAUCUCCAGGAGCUGCACCACCUUCAGUGGCUACAGCACCUCCAGGAGCAUCAAGACCUCCAUUGGCUACAGCAUCUCCAGGAGCUACUAGACAUCCAGUAGCUACAACAUCUCCAGGAGCUGCAAGACCUCCAGUAGCUACCGCAUCUGCUGUACCUACAGCAUCUCCAGUAACUACAGCAUCUCCAGUAGCUGCAAGGCCUCCAUUGGCUACAGCAUAUCCAGGAGCUGCACGACCUCCAGUAGCUAGCGCAUCUGCUGUAGCUACAGCAUCUCCAGUCACUACAGCAUCUUCGGUAACCGCAAGGCCUCCAUCGAUUACAGCAUCUCCAGGACCUGCUAAACCUCCGGGACCAGGAGCUACACUGUCUCCAGUAGCUACAGCAUCGCCAGUAACUACAGCAUCUCCAGUGGCUACAGCACCUCCAGGAGCUGCAAGACCUCCAUCGGCUUCAGUAUCUCCAGGAGCUGUUAGACCUCCAGGACCAGGAGCUACAGCAUCUCCAGUGGCUACAGCACCUCCAGCAGCUGAAAGCACUCGUACAACUACAGCAUGUCCUGUAGCUACAACAUCUCCAGGAGAUGCACGACUUUCAGUAGCUACAUCACCUCCAGGAGCUGCUAGACCUCCAUCAGCUGCAGCAUCUCCAGGAGCGGCAAGACCUCCAGUAGCUACGGCAUCUGCUGUAGCUACAUCAUCUCCAGUAACUUCAGCAUCUCCAGGAGCUGCAAGACCUACGGUAGCUACAUUGUCUCCAGUAACUACGACAUUUCCAGGAGCUGCACGACCCCCACCCGCUACAGCAUCUCCAGGAGCUGCAAGACCUCCAGUAGCUACCGCAUCUGCUGUAGCUACAUCAUGUCCAGUAACUACAGCAUCUCCAGGAGCUGCACGACCUUCAGUGGCUACAGCAUCUCCAGGAACUACUAUACAUCCAGUAGCUACAACAUCUCCAGGAGCUACACGACCUCCUGUAGCUACCGCAUCUGCUGUAGCUACAGCAUCUCCAGUAACUACAGCAUCUCCAGUAACUGCAAAGCCUCCAUUGGCUACAGCAUAUCCAGGAGCUGCACGACCUCCAGUAGCUACCGCCUCUGCCGUAGCUACAGCAUCUCCAGUAACUUCAAGGCUUCCAUUGGCUACAGCAUAUCCAGGAGCUGCUAGACCCUUAGGGCCAGGAGUUACAGUGUCUCCCAUGGCUACAGCAUCGCCAGUAGCUACAGCAUCUCCAGUGGCUACAACACCUCCAGGAGCUGCAAGACCUCUUGCAACUACAGCAUCUCCUGUAGCUACAACAUCUCCAGUAGCUGCACGACCUUCAGUGGCUACAGCACCUCCAGGAGCUGCAAGUCCUCCAUCAGCUACACCAUCUCCAGUAGCCACAGCAUCUUCAGGAGCCUCAAGACCUCCAGUAGCUACAUCAUCUCCAGUAACUGCAACAUUUCCAGGAGCUGCAAGACCUACGGUAGCUACAUCGUCUCCAGAGCUGCAAGACCUACGGUAG